AUGUCUGUCCCUCCUCACAGAAAACAUGUUCUGGUUGCAAAUCAUGUUCCUGUCCUUCAGAAUUCUUCUGACCUCAAAGAAACAGGGAACACUGAGUUGGAUGAUCUUAUAGAAGAGGGGUUUGUUCAGAGCUUCCUUCACUGCAAGGAAAUUAACGUCAUGACUGUGUUGGAAACUAAGUUGAAUAAGGCUUCAGUUGAGGAAAUCAUGAGAAGAAAGUUUGGUGACUGGCACUUCACCCAUAACUUCGCUUCUCAUAAUGCUGGCAGAAUUCUUAUCCUUUGGAAGCAGGAUAAGAUUCAUCUUUCUGAUUUGGAGUCAAAUGCCCAAUUGAUUCACUGUGUUAUUGAUUGUAAAACCACUACCAAGCGCUUUCAUGUUUCAUUCAUCUAUGGUCUUCACUCCAUUAUGGCAAGAAGAUCUCUUUGGAUAAAUCUGAAUAGUAUCAAUGCUAAUAUGAAUUGUCCCUGGCUCCUCAUUAGUGACUUCAACUCCAUUAUGUCUCCCACCGACCGUUUCAAUGGAGCUGAGCUCAAUGCUUAUGAGUUGCAAGAUUUUGUUGAUUGCUAUUCUGACCUGGGGUUGGGGAGCAUCAACACUCAUGGCCCCUUGUACACAUGGACUAAUGGCAGGGUGUGGAGCAAACUGGACAGAGCUUUAUGUAACCAGGCCUGGUUCAAUUCCUUUGAAAAUUCUGCUUGUGAAGUUAUGGAGUUUAUUUCUAUUUCAGACCAUACUCCUCUAGUCGUCACCACUGAGUUGGUAGUGCCUAGAGGUAAUUCUCCAUUUAAAUUCAACAAUGAUAUUGUGGAUCAUCCAAAUUUUUUAAGAAUUGUUGCAGAUGGCUGGAAGCAAAAUAUUCAUGGCUGUAGCAUGUUCAAGGUCUGUAAGAAAUUGAAAGCUCUUAAAGCUCCCUUGAAGAAUCUUUUUAAGCAGGAGUUCAGCAACAUCUCCAACCGAGUGGAGGUAGCUAAGGCUGAAUAUAACAGUGUGCUUAAUUCUCUAAAGCAAAAUCCUCAGGAUCCUUCCCUUCUUGCUCUGGCAAACCGCACUAGAGGGCAGACCAUUAUGCUUAGAAAAAUGGAGUCUAUGAAAUUUGCUCAGCUCAUCAAAAACAAAUAUCUCCUGCAAGCUGAUAAAUGCUCCAAAUUCUUUCAUGCUUUAAUCAAGCGCAACAGACACAGCCGGUUUAUUGCUGCCAUAAGGCUAGAGGAUGGGCAUAACACUUCCUCCCAAGAUGAAAUUGCCCUUGCUUUUGUGAAUCACUUUAGGAAUUUGUUUAGUGCUCAUGAGCUGACCCAAAUUCCUUCCAUUUCGAUCUGCAACAAGGGUCCUAAGGUUUCCAUCAAUUGCUUUGCGAUCUUACUUUGUCCUACUUUUAAGCAAGAGGUUUGGAACGUUAUUUCUGUGAUGGAUAACAAUAAAGCUCCUGGGCCAGAUGGUUUCAAUGUUUUAUUCUUCAAGAAGACUUGGAAUAUCAUUGGUGACGAUAUCUUUGCAGCGGUUAAUGAAUUCUUUACAACUGGAAAUAUAAUGAAGAUACUCUUGCUUGGAAAUAUAAUGAAGAGAGAGGAGUGA